AUGGACAUCGAAGGCAAAGUUGCUUUGAUCACGGGGGCUGGGCAAGUUGAAGGAAUUGGUUAUGCCAUAGCACAGGAACUGCUCAGGAAGAAUGCUAAGGGUGUAGCCAUAUUGGAUAUUCACGAUGGAAUGGGACAAGAUGCAAAGAACGAAUUGCAGAAACAGUUCAGAAAAGCAGUAGUUAUAUAUGUACACUGUGACGUCAGUUCAAAGUCAAGUCUGGAGGAAGCAUUUGAAAAAGUGAAAACCCAUUUUGGUAGACUGGACAUUGUAUGCAAUAAUGCUGGAAUUCUGAAUGAAGACAACUGGGAGCUAACUCUAAACAUUAAUCUGAUGGGUACCAUCAGAGGCACAUAUCUGGCGCUUGAGCACAUGGGAGUAAACUAUGGUGGCAGCGGUGGGGUCGUUAUUAACACAGCAUCUACCGCCGGUGUCAUGACAACUUCUCUUUUAUCAGUAUAUGGUGCUACCAAACACGCGAUAGUGGCAUUCACGCGUAAUGUUGCAGAUAACAAUAAGUUUAAGAAAAAUAAAGUUCGCGUGUCAGCCAUCUGUCCUGCGAAAGUAGAUACACCGAUACAAGAUUUCGACAGAACCAUGAUUCCCGAUUUUGAAGAAUUCAAAUACUAA